AAAUAAAUCCUCCCCCUUUUUACAUCUCUGGCUCUGUUCGCUUUCUUCGUUACUCUCUUCGGAAUACCCCCGUUUUCUGCAGUGAAACGAAGCAAAAACGAGGGAAAAUGAAGAGCAGGCUGGUGAUGAUACUCAUCGCCCUAGUGAUCUUGUUGGCACGGAAUGGCGUGAGAUCUGACGCAUCGGAUCACCGGUACAAGGAGGGAGAUCAAGUGCCUCUCUACGCCAACAAGGUCGGCCCGUUUCACAACCCCAGUGAGACCUACCGUUAUUUUGAUCUUCCAUUCUGCUUGCCAGCUCAUGUAAAAGAGAAGAAAGAAGCCCUUGGUGAGGUAUUAAAUGGGGAUCGUCUGGUUAGUGCUCCCUACAAACUUGACUUCUUACGUGACAAAGAAUCUGAACUUGUUUGCAAGAAAAGAUUGACAAAGGAAGAAGUAGCACAGUUCCGAUCUGCUGUCAAGAAGGACUACUACUUUCAGAUGUAUUAUGACGACUUGCCAGUUUGGGGUUUCAUAGGAAGGGUUGACAAGGAAGGAAAAGACCCGAGUGAACACAAAUAUUACCUUUUUAAGCAUACUCAUUUUGAAAUCUUUUACAACAAGGACCGAGUGAUUGAGAUAAAUGUUCGAACUGACCCAGAUGCCGUCAUGGACCUUACAGAAGACAAAGAAGUUAAUGUAGAUUUUUUUUACACUGCAAAAUGGAAGGAGACAGAUACACCUUUUGAGAAGAGGAUGGACAAAUUCUCACGGUCUUCUUCUUUGCCUCAUCAUCUGGAGAUCCAUUGGUUCUCAAUCAUUAAUUCAUGUGUGACAGUUCUUUUGCUAACUGGUUUUCUGGCUACAAUCCUCAUGCGGGUUCUUAAGAAUGAUUUUGUCAAGUAUGCUCAUGAUGAGGAAUCAAUUGAAGACCAAGAAGAAACUGGGUGGAAAUACAUUCAUGGAGAUGUUUUUAGAUAUCCUAAGUUCAAGUCUUUGUUUGCAGCUGCUAUUGGUUGCGGUACUCAAUUAUUUACUCUUACCGUAUUUAUUUUUCUACUAGCACUAGUUGGUGUCUUCUAUCCAUAUAACCGGGGAGCAUUAUUUACUGCAUUGGUUGUCAUAUAUGCCCUCACUUCUGGGAUUGCUGGCUACACUGCGACCUUCUUUUAUUGUCAAUUAGAAGGAACAAAUUGGGUUAGGAACCUACUGUUGACAGGAUGUCUCUUCUGUGGGCCUCUGUUUAUAACAUUUUGUUUUCUAAAUACUGUUGCAAUUACUUAUCAUGCAACUGCUGCUCUUCCAUUUGGGACGAUUGUGGUUAUAGUUCUCAUAUGGACACUUGUAACAUCCCCUUUGCUGGUGUUGGGUGGGAUUGCAGGGAAGAAUAGCAAGGCUGAGUUCCAAGCUCCUUGCCGCACCACUAAAUAUCCUAGAGAAAUUCCACCUUUGCAAUGGUACCGUGGGACAAUUCCUCAGAUGGCAAUGGCUGGAUUUUUGCCAUUUAGUGCCAUAUAUAUUGAACUUUAUUAUAUUUUUGCCAGUGUAUGGGGACACAGGAUUUACACUAUAUACAGCAUCUUGUUUAUAGUGUUUAUCAUUCUCCUGAUAGUGACAGCUUUUAUCACGGUAGCGUUGACCUACUUUCAACUUGCUGCUGAAGAUCAUGAGUGGUGGUGGAGAUCUUUCCUUUGUGGUGGAUCAACCGGCAUAUUUAUCUAUGCCUACUGCCUGUACUACUAUUACGCACGUUCAGAUAUGUCAGGUUUCAUGCAAACUUCAUUUUUCUUUGGCUACAUGGCUUGUAUCUGCUACGGUUUCUUCCUCAUGCUUGGAACUGUAGGUUUCCGUGCAGCUUUGCUUUUUGUACGGCACAUAUAUCGUUCAAUUAAGUGUGAGUAGUUUGUCAAAAUCAUUUUAUAGGGCAGUGUAGAGAAUUUUGUACCUUAUUUUUUGUGGCAUCUCUUGUAUCAAAAGCAAAAGAAUAAUAUAUUAGGGACCAAUGCUUGAAGAAAAGUAAGUAACAACCUGGGUUUUGUACCAUCA